AUGGCCAUUAAAUCCAAACAUGGCGCAGGAGGUGAAUAUUCGCCUGAUUGGAGGCCAUCACCUCAAGACCUGCCACCACCACCACCUCCACCUCCCACAGCUUCCCCACCUCCAGAAGAAGGCUUAAGCGGCUCCGCCCGUCCAGCCCGGAGGGUCGUCCACAAACCACAAAGACGAGAAAAGCCAAUUCCCAAGAGUUUUCCUGCUCUGGAAUCCAUUCAUACUUCUAUGGUGAAUAUACAAAUUUCACCAUUAUCCUUCUGGUUUUGUCCAGCUCUUCGGCUGGAAUCUCCAGUCCUUGUUACUCACGACACACCAGAAACGGUGCGAGGCUUUCAAACCGCGAAUGCCAGCUGCCUUGGUUGGUCCAAUGGCAAGUUUUCAGUGACGUCACGGUUAUCAUACUCACCUGCAUUUCCCUCAGAAUUCAAGGAGAAGUAUAGUGCGCUCGCUGUGCAUGAUGACCGUAUUCUUGCCGUGUCAUGGAAAUCCCCAGGCAAAAUCAGGAUGGCUAUGAUCUGGAACCCAAUUUCUUCCACGGAAUGCAUCAAUAUUCUCAAAUUGCCCAGUCACGACCUCAGCGCCCUCGACUUCCUUCCACCUGCACCACCUGCCACCACACCACCAGCUGCCGCUCCUACCACAAUCACACCUAGGCUAGGAAACUUACUCCCUUGGCGGUCUGACCAUGCAGGGCCACCUGUCGUUGAUGUUCUUUUUACCCAGGGUCGACAGCGUAAUGCUGCAGCGGGUGCUCCUGGGAGGGGCGACUCCUUGAUACGUGAUGAAGAUCAUUAUGGACCUUCUCUACCGGAUCCCAAUUUACAACGGCAACAGGAAGUAGACACCAGGCAGCAUGUAGACGGCUGGUCGUGCUGCUGUUGCUAG